AUGAUGCUCUUGUGGUAGAAGUUGCGAGAGAAAGGUCUUUCGGAAAGUGAAACGCCGGCAACGCCUGUCAGCAUCCCGCGAGGAAGCGAGUUAAAUGUCCAGUUUUCCUCUCCCCAGUUAACUUUAUCACUCGUGCCGACGUCGAUCCUUCGUUUGCGACCUUUCAGGGCGUCUGAUUCGCACCUAUGCAGAUGUCUUGUAGCGGAUCUGCGGAGAAAGCCGUUGAUCCUCCGACAAAGAAGCGAAAACUUGAGUGUGUGGCGGCCUCGUUAGUGGACGGCAAGUCAUCGUCGGCAACGGUCCCCAGCACCGGCCAAAUGCAAUCCGACGCCAACCAGCAGCAGCAGCAGGGCACCGACCCCGAGUCGCAGAAGCUCCGAGACAACAUGGAUGAGAACCUCUACUCGCGCCAGCUCUAUGUCCUCGGCCACGAAGCCAUGGUGCGGAUGGCCAGGUCCGUGGUGCUGAUCUCGGGGCUCGGAGGCCUCGGAGUCGAAAUUGCCAAGAAUGUGAUCUUGGCCGGCGUGAAGAAGGUCGUGCUACAUGACACCAAGCUGGUUUCGAAGGCCGACCUUGCCACCCAGUACUUCUUGAGGGACGCCGACAUUGGACGCAACCGCGCUGAAGCCUCAUGCCAGCACCUGGCUGAGUUGAACACCUACGUCGAUGUCGAGUUCUACAUUGGUGAACUGACCCCUGAUUACAUCAAAGAGUGUGCUGUUGUUGUUUUGACCGAGACAACCAGAGAUGAGCAGCUGCGCAUUUCUGAGAUCACACACCCCUUGAACAUCCCGUUCAUCGUGGCUGACACUGUAGGUGUAUUUGCUCAAGUCUUCUGCGACUUCGGCACACAGUUCGUUGUCAGGGACACAAAUGGUGAGAACCCCAUCAGCACCAUGAUUGCCAGCAUCACCAACGACAAAGAAGCUGUGGUGACUUGCCUUGACGAGAUGCGGCACGGCUUUGAGGAUGGAGACUUCGUGAUAUUCAACGAAAUCAAGGGCAUGACUGAGUUGAAUGCCGACCCAAUGCAGAGCCCUGAGGCUCAGGCUCACCGAAUCAAGGUCUUGGGUCCGUACACAUUCUCCAUUGGGGACACAACUGGCCUGUCCCAUUACACCGGUGGUGGGGUGGCCACACAGGUCAAGAUGCCUGUCAAAGUGGAUUUUCUGCCUUUCGGCAAAGCUCUGAGCAACCCAGAGUUUGUAAUGACCGACUUUGGCAAAUUUGAUAGCCCUCCUGUUCUGCACGCCGCCUUUACGGCUCUGCACGAGUUUGUGAAGAACAACAGUCGCCUCCCAAAGCCAUGGAAUGAGGCUGACGCCUCCUCUCUGCUCAGCCUUGUCGAGGGCGACUUUAACGAAGGUGAUGGCAAACUCAUCAAGACCUUCAGCUACACUGCAGCUGGACAGUUGGCCCCGAUGUGUGCUGUGAUUGGCGGAAUUGUUGCCCAAGAGGUGAUGAAAGGUUGCAGUGGCAAAUUUUUCCCAAUCAAGCAAUUCCUCUACUUUGAUGCUAUCGAGUGUUUGCCAGAGGACUUGAAGCCAGUGGAGAACUUUGAAAUCCCUGAUGUCCGUUAUGCCUCACAAGUUUGCGUUCUUGGUCACAAAUUCCAGGAGAAGUUGGGCAAGCUUCGCUACUUUAUCGUCGGUGCUGGCGCCAUCGGUUGUGAACUGUUGAAGAACUUUGCCAUGUCUGGAGUGGGUGCUGGCAAAGAUGGCAAUAUCUUUGUCACAGACAUGGACCUCAUUGAGAAGUCUAACCUGAACAGACAGUUCCUGUUCAGGCAGCACGACGUGCAAAAGGCAAAGUCUUCCUGCGCUGCUAAAGCCAUCAAAGCAAUGAACCCAGAAGUAAAUAUUACUGCUCACUUGAACCGUGUUGGCCCCGACACUGAAUCAAUUUACAACGAUGAGUUCUUCCACAACUUGGAUGGUGUGGCUAACGCACUGGAUAAUGUGGACGCAAGAAUUUACAUGGAUCGUCGUUGCGUUUAUUACCACCUGCCCCUGCUUGAAUCUGGAACUUUGGGCACCAAGGGCAACGUGCAAGUGGUGGUGCCAUUCAUGACUGAGUCGUACAGCUCAUCGCAGGAUCCACCCGAGAAGAGCAUCCCCAUUUGCACCUUGAAAAACUUCCCAAACGCCAUCGAGCACACACUGCAAUGGGCACGUGAUGCUUUCGAAGGCCUCUUCACGCAGGCAGCCGAGAGUGCCUCUAUGUUCCUCAAGGACCCUAAUUUCAUCCAGCGAACACAGGCCCUGCCAGGGUACCAACCGGUGGAAGUGUUCGUAGCAGUGAAAAAAGCACUCGUCGACCGCCCUAAAAACUUCCAAGACUGCGUCGCUUGGGCACGCAACUACUGGCAAGAGCAGUACUCAAAUCAGAUCAAACAGCUGCUUCACAAUUUCCCUCCUGACUUAAAAACAAGCUCUGGACAUGACUUCUGGUCUGGACCCAAGCGCCAGCCAACACCUUUGGAGUUUGAUAUCAGAAAUGAGGUGCAUUUAGACUUCAUUGUUGCUGCUGCCAACCUCCUUGCGCAGGUUUACGGCAUUCAGAAGAACUUAGACCGGCAAAGGGUGACAGAAAUGGUCCAAGCUGUUGACGUUCCUCAUUUUGUGCCACGAGAUGGCGUGAGAAUUGCUGAGAAUGAUUCGCAGUUGGCCAAUGGCAGUAACAAUAUGGAUAUGGACCAACAAGAAAACAUUGUCCAAGAACUGGAGGAAGCUAGAAACCAAGUGGCUGGUCUCAUAAUUAAUCCCUUGGACUUUGAGAAGGAUGAUGAUAGCAACCAGCACAUGGAUUUCAUUGUUGCUGCGUCAAACCUGAGGGCGGCUAACUAUGGCAUCGAGCCUGCUGACCGACACAAGAGCAAGUUGAUCGCUGGCAAAAUCAUUCCUGCCAUUGCUACUACAACAAGUGUGGUUGCUGGACUGGUCACCCUUGAGCUCUUCAAGCUGGUUCUCCUUGGCUACACUCGAACAGACCGAGAUCGCAGCAAAGAAAUUUGGGGUCCUGAGGGGGCACCACCUGUGGACGCCAAGAAGCUGGCCUACUUCAAAAAUGGCUUCGUCAACCUGGCGCUGCCACUGUUUGCCUUUUCCGAGCCACUGGCCGCCGCCCGGCAGUCCUUCAACGGCAGGGAAUGGACCUUGUGGGACCGCUUUGAAAUCAACCAGGAAAUGACCCUGCAGGGAUUGCUCGAACACUUCAGAAAAGUGUACGGCCUGGAAGUGACAAUGCUCUCGCAGGGUGUGUGCAUGCUCUUCUCCUUCUUCAUGGCCCCUCAGAGGAAAGACGAGCGCUUGGCCCUCACAAUCCCUGAGCUGGUACGCCGGGUAUCCAAGAAAACCAUUGAGCCGCACGUGAGGGCUCUUGUGUUGGAAAUCUGCUGCAACGAUGUUGCAAGUGAUGAGGACGUUGAGGUGCCGUACAUCAGAUACCAACUGCCUCCCAACUAACCACCAAGUAGUCCUCCCCGGUGGAGCACCGCGAUGCUUUUCAAAACACAUUGAGUUGUUUGAAUGAUUUACUAAUAGAUGGCUUUCGUUUCUCUCAAGUGUCCUCUUUGGUUUAAUUAAUUAAUUAAUUACAACUUUAUUUUUGUUCAUCACUGGGAGUAGCACUUUAGACUCAUUAUUAAUUAUUAUGAAUGUAAUGGAACCAUUUAUUUACAAACUGCUCUGUCAAUGAAUGAACGACCGAGUGUCUUGCUAAUCGUAGAUGCUUGAUUCAGCUGAUGAAUUUUGUAGAGCGUUGCACUCUGAUGGUCGAUGCUGCUGCGUGAUCUGACCAUUAAUUUUGAACAAAGAAGCUAUCAAAGUUUGUCAUUCUUAACAUCAAUUAAGGUAAAAAGAAAUCGGUUUAAGUGCAUACUAUUUAUUGGACUGCUUCAUAAAUUUGCGUUGUGGUGGAGAAAAACAGAGUUUUCAAGUCUUAAUUUCAUGCGGAGAAAUAUGUUUCACUCUUAAUAUGAAGUGUUUUUAUCAGUCACAUACUUUGUGCCCGGAUAAGAUAUUUGCAAU